GAAGUAAACCCAGAGAAGGUUGAGGCCGUUCAGCAGAUGGAACCGCCAAGGACUGUCAAAGACGUGCAGCGUUUGGGAGGUCGUGUCGCUGCGCUGCACAGGUUUAUAGCCAGGUCGGCAGAAAGAUGCCUCCCGUUCUUCAAGGCCCUGCGAGAGCCCAAGAAUUUUCAAUGGACCGACACGUGUCAGCAGGCCUUUGACGAGCUCAAACAAUACUUAGCGUCAGCGCCCCUGCUACACAAGCCUGUGGAAGGAGAAAGCUUGUAUCUGUAUUUAGGGGUUACAGCAGAGGCGAUUAGCUCGGUCCUACUCAGGGAAGAGAAUAAGAACCAGAAGCCUAUCUGUUAUGUAAGCAAAGUCUUACAAGGUGCAGAGCAGAACUAUCCAUUAGCAGAAAAGGCGGCGUUUGCCCUGGUGUACACAGCUCGUAAGCUGAGGGCUUAUUUCCAGUCACACCAGAUUGUUGUCUAUACCGAUUUGCCGUUGAGAAAAAUACUGCAGAAACCUGAACUCUCAGGUCGGCUCGUCGGAUGGAGCAUCGAGCUGAGUGAAUAUGACCUCAAAUUCCAGCCGCGCACAACCAUAAAAGGCCAGGCCGUCGCGGACUUUCUGGGAUCAGGUGCUGGAGCUGUGUUAGUGGGUCCAGAUGGCUUUAGGUCUGAGCAUGCACUAAGAUUUAAGUUUCAGACGACUAAUAACGCUGCUGUGUAUGAAGCUCUCAUCUAUGGAUUGAAAUUAGCGUCCGAGCUGAGGGUACAGAGCAUCCAAGUUUUCAGUGAUUCUCAGCUCGUGGUGGGCCAGGUAAAUGGCAGUUGUGAAGUUAGGGAUCCCCAGCUUGGCCGAUACACCUCUGUGGUUAACAGAUUGAAGUCAAAAUUUGCUUCAUUUCAGAUCGAGAAAAUACCAAGAGCUGACAACCAUCGAGCUGACGAGCUAUCAAAGUUGGCCUCCUCGCAGGACUUCAGCCCUCAGAGGUCAACCAUCGUCGAAGUGCUGGACGCCCCGAGCUACACUGAUUUCACGGUCGAGUGUCAGCUACUAAGCACAGAUCCCUCCACGCCGAGCUGGACCACCCCGCUUAUAAAUUAUCUGCAAAGUGGCGAGCUACCUGAAGAUCUGUUUGCUGCAAGAUUGGUUAAACGAAGGGCAGCACAUUUCACUUUGUUAGAUGACCAGCUCUACAAACGAGCAGCCUCUAUGCCCCUAUUGCGCUGUCUCUCUCCUUAUGAAGCUGAGUACGCUGUGAGAGAAAUCCAUGAAGGAGUGUGCGGCAUGCACAUCGGAGGCAAAACCUUAUCUCGGAAGCUCCUGAGGCAUGGGUAUUACUGGCCAACUAUGGUUGAGGACGCACAGAACUAUGUCAAAAAAGAAAACCUAGACCUAGUGGAGGAAGUCAGGGAAAUGGCUCGAAUUAGGAACAUGGCACACCAAAGUCGUGUGGCAAAGUUUUAUAAUAAGAGGGUGCGAGCUCGACAGUUUCAGGUCGGCGAUCUGGUUCUACGCAAAGCUGGAUUAACCAAUGCCUAUUCGCAUAUGGGCAAGCUCGCCCCUAAUUGGGAAGGCCCUUAUAUGGUUAUUAAUAUUAAACGACCUGGGUGUUAUCAACUAGCAGAUUUACAAGGUCGUCCGUUGUCGUUCAUCUGGAACAUACAUAAUCUUAGAAAGUUCUACAGUUAGCGUGUAUGUUAUGAAUGUUUAGGUCGUUAUUGAUCAUUUGUAAAUAGUGAUAUACUAAACAUUCAGCACAUAAACAUUGAAGCAAAAGAUUCGGAUUUAUAUUUCAUCAAUGAAAUUUUACAUGAGUG